AUGUCAGAUCUAGCAGUCGGUCAGAUCGUCCAGCUGACCGACGGCCGCAAUGGCGUCGUACGCUUCGCCGGCACCACCCAUUUCGCCUCGGGCGAAUGGGUCGGCAUUGAAUUGGAGGAUGACUCUGGAAAGAACGACGGCAGCGUCCAGGGCGAGCGCUACUUUGACUGUUCCAUGGGGCGAGGCAUGUUUGUGCGGCCGUCGACCCUGACCAUUCUCGCCCAGGCUCCAGCUCCAGCUGCGGCGCCGGCCGCCAGACCUACCGUCAGGAAGACGAGCAGGCCCAGCAGCUUCGUGCCCGGCACGGGCAGGGUGUCGAGCGUCACCGACCCGAGCAUGGCCAAGCGGAUGAGUCUGAAUGCUGCUAGUCCCAGCCCGGCCCCGCGCACAUCUCGACCUGCGAGCCUUGUACGGUCUCCUACGAAGUCGCCAACGAAGCAAAUUGGUUCGACCACCUCCAGCACCGCACCCUCCCGGACCGGCACACCUUCAAACGCCAAAGGCACCACCGCCACGCGAACUCGCCCGGCAGUAGGUGUUCGCACCUCCAUGGGACCCCCUCCGAUUCCCUCCGCACGAGUGAGCCGACAGCCAUCAACAUCGUCAGCGACAGGUCGCCCUCCCGCCAGGCCGCUUUCCAAUCGACUCUCCCUGUCCGGCUCGCGCAGCGUGCCCAAGCCAGACCCCCUCCGACGCCCAUCGACCGAUUCGCAAGCAGGCAGGGAGCCCGGCUCGGCAGCAGACAGCGGCGACGACGGCAGGAGCAGCUCGCCAUCUAAGGGAGCGGCUGAUCUGGCCUCACCGCAUGCCACGAGCCCGGUGCAAGCUCGGACCAACGCGCUCGAGCGGUUGACCUCGGGCAGGACGGCGACCACGACGGCACGGUCGCCAGCCACGGCGUCGCCUCGAACGGCCGGCGGCAACACGGCUGCGGCGCGGGAGAACGAAGACCUCAAGGCGAAGCUCCGUGUCAUGGAGCGCAAGAGGCUGGAAGACCGGGAGAAGCUGAAGCAGCUGGAGAAGCUCCAAGGCGAACGCGACAAGUUUGAGUCGAUCAUCCAGAAGCUGCAGACAAAGUACCAACCCCAGCAAACGGAGAAUGCAGAGCUCCGCAAGCAGAUCAAGGAGGCCGAGACGCGGUUCGAGGCCGUGGAGCAGAUGCAGGCCGAGCAUGAGACGGCCUUGGAGCUGGCCACGCUGGACCGUGAGAUGGCGGAAGAGACGGCCGAAGUGCUCAAGGCCGAGCUCGAAGCGUUGAAGCAGAAAUCAGAGGAGCUUGAGCUCGAGGUGGAAAUCUUGCGAGAGGAGAACGAGGAGUUUAGCCAGGGCAUGACGCCCGAAGAGCGGUCAAGCACGGGCUGGCUGCAGAUGGAGAGGACGAACGAGCGGUUGAGGGAAGCACUGAUACGAUUGCGCGACCUGACCCAGGCUCAAGAGGCCGAGCUUCGAGACCAGAUCAAGGCCCUGGAGUCUGACCUGCAAGACUACAGUACCGUGCAGGAGCAGUUCGCGGCCUCCAAGGAAAAGCUGGCACAGUCUGAAAGCGCGGUCGAGGAUCUUCGCCAACAGCUCGACAAUGCUCUUGGAGCGGAGGACAUGAUUGAGGACCUCACCGAGCGCAACAUGAGCAUGGCCGAAGAGAUUGAGGAGCUCAAGGCCGUCAUCGAGGAUCUCGAAAACCUCAAGGAGAUCAAUGAUGAGCUCGAGAUUAAUCACGUACAAAACGAGAAGGAGAUGCAGGAGGAACUCGACUUCAAGGACAGCGUCAUUGCGGAACAGGCCCGACGAGCCGGUCAGCAAGAGGAAGCCCUCGAAGACAUGGAGUACACCCUUUCGAGGUUCAGGGAACUCGUCACGAGCCUGCAGGGCGACCUUGAGGACAUGCGCGCAUCGCACGCUGUCACCGAGGCCGAGUCGGAGCAAUUAGACAGCAAGUCCCGCGCCAUGAUGGACCUCAACAUGAAGCUCCAGAUCUCGGCUGCCAAGACACAGGUCAAGACGAUCGACCUGGAGCUUCGCCGUCUGGAGGCGCAAGAAGCGGAGCAGCACCUCGAAAUCGUCAAGCUCUUCUUGCCCGAGACCUACCAGGAGGACCGCGACUCCGUGUUGGCGCUCCUUCGCUUCAAGCGACUGGCGUUCAAGGCCACUCUGCUCCAGGGCUUCCUCAAGGAACGCGUCACGGGCCAGCCGCACCCCGGCCACGAGGACGACAUGUUUGCCGGCUGCGAUGCCAUUGACAAGCUCACCUGGGUGGCGGCCAUGUGCGGCCGCUUCAUCAACGCCAUCAGCCACUGCUCGAUCGAGCAGUUCCAGCACUACCAGGGCGCUCUGUUUGAGCUGGAGCCGGUGGAGCGGGCGGUGAACGGGUGGAUCGACGGCCUCAGGAGGGAUGAACUCAAGGAGGCCAAGUGCGCCAGCGAGCUGCAGCGCUCCAUUGCGCUCAUGACCCAUCUCGCCGAGGUUCACCUUACGGACGAUCUGCAGAGCUUCGCCGACGCCAUGCACAUGCGCGCUCUCGUCGUGCAAAGCCAUCUGGAUUCGGCCGCCGCGGCCAUUACGACCGCCAGGGCCAUGGUCCAGAGAGUCAUCCCCGAGUCUGGCGAGGACGACGAGAUGGCACAGCACUUCAGCAAGAAGGCCGAGCACGUUGUCGGCCAGACCCGCAGCACCAAGGUCAUUGCCAGCAAGGCCGUGCGCGCCCUCGAGGAUCUCAAGAACCGAUCUCUCUCGCUGGCUCGGGACGACAGCACGCAAGAGGCGUUUGAGCAGUGCGAAGAGGCCGCAAAGGACCUCGCCGCACUGGCGCGGCAGAUUGGCCUCGACUUGCACAAGCUGCUGCACGAGGAGGGCAGGACCGAGCCAUACACGCACACGGAGGUGCAGAACACGAUGGCGCAGACGGCCCUGUCGGCCGGUUCGUCGACCGACUCGGAUCUCUUCUCGACCUACGUGACCAAGCUCCGGGUCGUCACGCAGCAGAUCACGGACCUUGCGGGCCUCAGCUCUGACCUGACGCAGACGCAAGAGUUUGAGCUCAACCCGGCCCCCUGGAAGCUCCGCUCUCAAGAACUCAAGGCUCUCAAGACGAUCCCCGUGGAUGCCGAAGAGGAGCUCCGCCGCGUCAAGGAGGAGCACAACGAGGCGCGCCGCACGAUUGCGCAGCGCGACGAGAGCCUCAGCACGGCGACGCUCAAGAUUGAGACGCUCGAGUCCCGCAUGCGCGACGCGCACCAAAAGGCGUCGCGCAUCGCCGACCUUGAGGCCCAGAUCGAGACGGCCAAGCAGCGCGCGGCGGCGCUCAAGGAGGACAUUGAAAAGGGCGACCGCGAGCUCAAGGCGCUCGAGGCGGACCGCGACCAGUGGAAGAAGAUUGCGGGCGACAGCAAGGCGUUCGCCGGCGCCAACGACGCUGGCGCCGCCAAGUCGGGCCAGGAACGGGCCGUGGCGACGGCGCGCGAGAUGGACGCCCUCAAGGCCGACAUUGCGCACCUGCAGGCGGCGGUGCGGUACCUGCGCGAGGACAACCGGCGGGCGCGGCUCACGGAGCAGGCCGACUACGACUGGCUCGCGGCGCCGCUGCGCAAGGCGGCGUCGCCGGCCGAGCAGCGGCGCGCGCUCGUCGUGGCCGAGGGCCGCGACGCGCUCGGCGAGCUCGUGCGGUUCGCGACCCAGGCCAAGGUGUACGACCUCCAGGACCUGCCGCAGGACAAGCUCGCGUGGCGGCCGGCCAAGAGCACGCCGCAGUACCACGCCGCGCGGCAGGCGGAGGACCUCGCGGCCUGGAAGGGCUGGCGCGACUCGGUGGUGCAGAAGACGGAGGUCGUCGCCGGGCGCAGGGGCGGUGGUGCUCCGGACAUGAAGAGGGUCGAGGCGCUGCGGCGGAGCGCGGCGGCUGCGCGACUGCAGAUUCGGCUGCCGGGGCCCGACGGCAAGAUGGCGCGGGGCAGCGGACGGGAUGUGCAGAUUGUCGGAUCGAGGGAGUGGGAGGGUCUGCAGGGGCGGUUGGCCGUGUAA